UUAGUAAGGCAAUAUAUUUCUCCCACAUCUUGCAGAAGAAGGAAGAAGGAAGAAGGGAUUCAAGGGUUUCUGAUUUCAAAUUGAAGGAAGAACGAUAUUGAGGGUUAGGGUUUCUUUGCAAGAAAAAAAAGAUGAUAGAGGUGGUGUUGAACGAUCGACUGGGGAAGAAGGUACGAGUCAAGUGCAACGAGGAUGAUACCAUCGGCGACCUUAAGAAGCUUGUCGCUGCCCAGACUGGAACCCGACCCGACAAGAUCAGGAUCCAGAAAUGGUACAACAUCUACAAGGAUCACAUCACUCUCAAGGACUACGAGAUCCACGACGGCAUGGGCCUCGAGCUCUACUACAAUUAAUAAUCCCUAUUUCUCUUUCUACAGGAUCUUUGUUUCACAAGCAGAAAUGGACUGUUUUUUCCGUGUGUGAUCGAGAUCAUCUAUGAUGUAGACGAUGGGGACUUGGUAUGUAAAAAUAGUAAGGUAUUAUUGUUGAGGGCAGUUCUACUUUUAUCACUAUCGUCAGACUCCUUACAAAUAAUUGAAAACCAUCUUUACCUAUUUCCAUCUGUCUGCUCGCAAAUGUAUUACAAUGGAGAUUGAUUAAUGCUUGCCUAGCUAUUACCAUAUAUAAAUUACUGUUUGUGUA